AAUUUUUUGUUUUUGUUUAAAUUGUUUUCUGAUUAAUUUGAUUGUUUGUUAAAUUAUUCAGUUUAAUUAUGGUUAUUGCAUUAGGUUUUGAGGGAAGUGCUAAUAAACUAGGAAUUGGUAUUAUCAAGGAUGGUCAAGUUUUAGCUAAUCCUCGUUCAACUUAUAUCUCACCUCCUGGACAAGGUUUUCUCCCCCGAGAUACAGAUAAACACCAUCAGAAUAAAAUUCAUGAAUUACUUGGUAAAUGUCUUGAAGAAAGUCAAUGUAAACCUGAAGAUAUUGAUGUCUUGUGUUAUACCAAAGGCCCUGGAAUGGGAGCCCCUUUACAAUCAGUCGCCAUUGUGGUUCGAACAUUAUCUCAACUUUGGAAUAAGCCAAUUGUAGCUGUUAAUCAUUGCAUCGCUCACAUUGAGAUGGGAAAGUUAAUUACUGGUGCCAAAAAUCCAACUAUUCUCUAUGUUAGUGGAGGAAACACUCAAAUUAUUGCCUAUUCCAAUGGAAGGUACAGAAUCUUUGGAGAAACCAUAGAUAUUGCUGUUGGCAACUGUUUAGAUCGAUUCGCUAGAGUUCUCAAGCUUUCAAACGAUCCUAGUCCUGGUUAUAAUAUUGAACAAAUGGCUAAACAUGGUAAAAAAUUAGCUCCACUUCCGUAUGUAGUCAAAGGAAUGGAUGUUUCUUUCUCUGGAUUACUUUCAUUCAUCGAGGAAAGAACCGAUAAUUGGUUGAAAAAGGGUGAAUAUACACCUGAAGAUUUAUGUUUCUCAAUACAAGAGACCAUUUUUGCAAUGUUAGUCGAAACAACCGAACGUGCGAUGUCCAAUACAACUUCUAAGGAGGUUUUAAUCGUUGGUGGCGUUGGAUGUAAUGAGAGACUGCAAAAGAUGAUGUCAGGAAUGGCCCAAGAACGAGGGGCGACACUUUAUGCAACCGAUGAACGAUAUUGCAUCGAUAAUGGAGCCAUGAUCGCUCAAGCUGGAACUUUACUAUUUCAAAAUGGACAUUUAACUCCCGUUUCAGAGGCAACGAUUACCCAGAGAUUUCGUACCGAUGAAGUUCCGGUUGAUUGGAUUGAAUAGAAAACCAAAGAAAAUUCAAUCCGAUUAUCAUCUUGUUGUUGUUUAUAUUUUUCAAAUUAAUCAAUUCUCGAGUUUUGUUCAUUCAAAAAGAUCAAUAACUAAGAAAUUAAUACUUUCAGUUACAUUUGAAACUCGAAUAAAACAAAAAAACAAUUAAGAUACAA